AUGGCCUAUCAGCAAGUUCGCUUCGCUGGAGGUACAGCCUCAACUAUUCCACCUGAUAAUGGACAGUUACCGGAGUCAGCAUUGGAGGAAAAAGCUCGGAAAUGGAAGCAACUUCAAUCAAAACGUUACGCCGAGAAGCGCAAAUUCGGUGUAGUCGACACCCAGAAAGAAGAAAUGCCACCCGAGCACGUUCGAAAAAUUAUUCGCGAUCAUGGCGAUAUGACGUCGCGAAAGUAUCGCCAUGACAAAAGAGUUUAUCUCGGAGCUUUAAAAUACAUGCCGCAUGCAGUUCUAAAGCUUCUAGAAAACAUGCCGAUGCCUUGGGAACAAAUUCGCGAUGUUAAAGUAUUGUAUCAUAUUACCGGAGCAAUUACUUUUGUCAACGAUAUUCCAAGAGUUAUUGAACCUGUUUAUCUAGCGCAAUGGGGAACCAUGUGGAUCAUGAUGCGUCGUGAAAAACGUGAUCGACGUCAUUUCAAACGAAUGCGAUUCCCACCAUUUGACGACGAAGAACCACCGCUUGACUAUGCGGAUAACAUUUUGGAUGUCGAACCUCUGGAGCCGAUUCAAAUGGAGUUGGAUCCAGAAGAAGAUGCUGCUGUUGCUGAAUGGUUCUACGACCAUCGACCAUUAUCAACAACUCGAUUUGUCAAUGGACCAUCGUACCGUAAAUGGGCAUUCAGCAUCCCACAGAUGUCGACAUUGUACCGUUUGGCGAACCAGCUUCUCACAGACCUGGUUGAUGACAAUUACUUCUAUCUUUUCGAUAUGAAAUCCUUCUUCACAGCAAAAGCUUUAAAUGUUGCAAUUCCCGGCGGACCAAAAUUCGAGCCUCUUGUCAAAGACUUACAUGUGGAUGAGGAUUGGAAUGAGUUUAAUGACGUUAAUAAGGUUAUUAUCCGUGCCCCAAUUCGCACUGAGUAUCGAAUUGCUUUCCCAUUCAUGUACAACAACUUGAUAAGUUCUUUGCCAGUUCAAGUAUCUUGGUACCAUACCCCAUCUGUUGUUUUCAUUAAAACAGAAGAUCCGGAUUUACCAGCUUUCUAUUACGACCCGCUGAUCAACCCAAUUUUUGUGAACAAUUUGAAGAAGACCCCAGAAGUACUUCCUGAAGGAGAAGAAGAGGAUGAAUGGACAUUGCCGGAGGAUGUUUCACCGAUUUUCGGCGAAGUUCCUCUUUAUUCUGAUAAUACAGCUAAUGGACUUGCUCUUCUCUGGGCACCGAGACCGUUUAAUAUGAGAUCUGGAAGGACGAGGCGAGCUGUUGAUGUCCCGCUGGUGAAGUCUUGGUAUCGUGAACAUUGCCCAGCAGGAAUGCCUGUGAAAGUGCGUGUCUCAUAUCAAAAGCUUCUCAAAGUGUUUGUUUUGAAUGCUCUAAAACACAGACCUCCAAAACCACAAAAAAGGAGGUACCUAUUCCGUUCAUUCAAGGCGACGAAAUUCUUCCAAACAACAACACUUGAUUGGGUGGAAGCUGGUCUUCAAGUUUUGCGUCAAGGAUACAACAUGUUGAACUUGCUCAUUCACCGAAAGAACUUGAACUAUCUCCAUCUUGACUACAAUUUCAAUUUGAAACCUGUCAAGACACUGACUACAAAGGAGCGUAAAAAAUCAAGAUUCGGAAAUGCAUUCCAUCUUUGUCGCGAAAUUUUGCGUUUGACAAAGCUUGUUGUCGAUGCACAUGUUCAGUAUAGACUUAACAAUGUUGACGCUUAUCAGCUUGCUGACGGUAUUCAAUACAUUUUUGCGCAUGUUGGCCAACUGACUGGAAUGUACCGUUACAAAUACAAACUUAUGAGACAAGUUAGAAUGUGCAAAGAUUUGAAACACGUUAUUUACUAUCGUUUUAAUACUGGUCCAGUUGGGAAGGGUCCUGGAUGUGGUUUCUGGGCACCUGGAUGGAGAGUAUGGCUGUUUUUCCUUCGAGGAAUUACACCACUUCUUGAAAGAUGGCUCGGAAAUUUGCUCUCCAGACAGUUCGAAGGAAGACACUCAAAGGGAGUUGCCAAAACUGUUACCAAACAGCGUGUGGAGUCGCAUUUCGAUUUGGAAUUGCGUGCCGCUGUCAUGCAUGAUAUUCUGGACAUGAUGCCGGACGGAAUCAAACAAAACAAAGCUAGAGUCAUUCUUCAGCACUUGUCCGAAGCUUGGCGUUGCUGGAAGGCAAAUAUUCCUUGGAAGGUUCCUGGUCUUCCAACCCCUGUCGAAAAUAUGAUUCUUCGUUACGUGAAGGCAAAGGCUGAUUGGUGGACAAACUCCGCACAUUACAAUCGUGAACGCGUUCGCCGUGGAGCCACAGUUGACAAGACUGUUUGCAAGAAGAAUCUUGGAAGAUUGACUCGAUUGUAUCUCAAGGCAGAACAGGAGCGACAACAUAAUUACCUUAAAGACGGUCCGUACAUUUCGGCUGAGGAAGCUGUUGCAAUCUAUACAACAACCGUCCAUUGGCUGGAGUCCAGAAGAUUCUCUCCCAUCCCAUUCCCUCCAUUGUCGUACAAGCACGACACAAAACUGCUAAUUUUGGCUCUUGAAAGACUGAAGGAAUCGUACAGCGUGAAAAAUCGAUUGAAUCAAUCACAAAGAGAAGAAUUGGCGUUGAUCGAGCAAGCUUACGACAAUCCACAUGAGGCUCUAUCCAGAAUCAAGCGUCACAUGCUCACGCAGAGAGCUUUCAAGGAAGUUGGAAUUGAAUUUAUGGAUCUCUACACGCAUUUAAUCCCUGUGUAUGACAUCGAACCAUUGGAGAAGGUCACUGACGCAUAUCUCGAUCAAUAUUUGUGGUAUGAAGCCGACAAAAGAAGACUGUUCCCAGCGUGGGUGAAACCUGGUGACACUGAGCCUCCACCACUUCUCACUUAUAAAUGGUGCCAGGGCUUGAACAAUUUACAAGAUGUUUGGGACACUUCUGAAGGAGAAUGCAAUGUGAUAAUGGAAGCAAAACUGGAGAAAAUUUCCGAAAAAAUGGAUCUGACGCUGUUGAACAGACUUUUGAGAUUAAUUGUGGAUCACAACAUCGCUGAUUACAUGACGUCGAAAAACAAUGUUCUCAUUAAUUACAAGGAUAUGAAUCACACCAAUUCAUUCGGAAUUAUUCGCGGUCUUCAAUUCGCUUCUUUCAUUGUUCAAUAUUAUGGUCUUGUUCUUGAUUUGCUUAUUCUUGGUCUACGCCGAGCAUCGGAAAUCGCGGGUCCGCCGCAAUGUCCAAAUGAGUUUUUGCAAUUUCAAGAUGUUGCCACCGAAAUUGCACACCCAAUACGCUUGUAUUGCCGAUACAUCGAUAAAGUUUGGAUUAUGUUUAGAUUUUCUGCCGACGAAGCGCGUGAUUUGAUUCAACGCUAUCUAACUGAACAUCCAGAUCCAAAUAAUGAGAAUAUUGUCGGUUAUAACAAUAAGAAAUGUUGGCCAAGGGACGCUAGAAUGAGACUGAUGAAGCAUGAUGUUAAUCUUGGUCGAGCUGUGUUUUGGGAUAUCAAAAAUCGACUACCGAGAUCUGUAACGACGGUGGAAUGGGAAAAUUCAUUCGUAUCUGUGUACAGCAAAGACAAUCCGAAUAUGCUUUUUGACAUGUGUGGAUUCGAGUGCAGAAUUUUGCCGAAAUGCCGAACAGCCAAUGAAGAAUUUGUUCAUCGCGAUGGAGUGUGGAACUUGCAAAAUGAAGUUACUAAAGAGCGAACCGCACAAUGCUUCCUUAAAGUUGACGAGGAAUCGAUGUCGAAGUUCCACAACAGAAUUCGACAAAUUUUGAUGUCUUCUGGUUCAACAACAUUUACCAAAAUUGUCAACAAAUGGAAUACUGCUCUUAUUGGCUUGAUGACAUACUUCCGAGAAGCCGUUGUCAAUACUCAAGAACUUCUCGACCUAUUAGUAAAAUGCGAGAAUAAGAUUCAAACCCGUAUCAAAAUCGGAUUGAAUUCAAAAAUGCCAGCUCGUUUCCCUCCUGUCGUUUUCUACACACCGAAGGAAAUAGGAGGUCUUGGAAUGCUCUCAAUGGGUCACGUUUUGAUUCCACAAUCCGAUUUGAGGUGGAUGCAACAAACCGAAGCUGGAGGUGUAACUCAUUUCCGUUCCGGCAUGAGUCACGAUGAAGACCAGCUGAUUCCGAACUUGUAUCGUUACAUACAACCAUGGGAAGCCGAAUUCGUCGACUCAGUUCGAGUUUGGGCUGAGUAUGCACUGAAAAGACAAGAAGCCAAUGCUCAAAAUCGACGAUUAACUCUUGAAGAUCUUGACGACUCAUGGGAUCGAGGAAUUCCGAGAAUCAACACUUUGUUCCAAAAGGAUCGUCAUACAUUGGCUUACGAUAAAGGAUGGAGAGUGCGAACCGAGUUCAAGGCUUAUCAGAUUUUAAAACAAAAUCCUUUCUGGUGGACGCAUCAACGUCAUGACGGAAAACUCUGGAACUUGAACAAUUAUCGUACGGAUAUGAUUCAAGCACUCGGAGGAGUUGAGGGAAUUUUGGAACACACGCUUUUCAGAGGAACCUAUUUCCCUACAUGGGAAGGAUUGUUCUGGGAGCGUGCUUCCGGUUUCGAAGAAUCGAUGAAAUUCAAAAAACUUACCAAUGCUCAACGUUCCGGUUUGAAUCAAAUUCCAAACCGUCGUUUCACGUUGUGGUGGUCGCCGACAAUUAAUCGAGCCAAUGUCUACGUCGGAUUCCAAGUACAACUUGAUUUGACCGGUAUUUUCAUGCACGGAAAAAUUCCAACGCUGAAAAUUUCGCUUAUUCAAAUCUUCCGUGCUCACUUGUGGCAGAAAAUUCACGAGUCGGUUGUUAUGGAUUUGUGUCAAGUAUUUGAUCAAGAAUUGGAUUCACUCGAGAUUCAAACUGUUCAAAAGGAAACUAUCCAUCCCAGAAAGUCGUACAAAAUGAACAGCUCAUGUGCCGACAUUCUUCUUUUCGCGCAAUACAAAUGGAAUGUUUCAAGACCUUCCCUGAUGGCUGACAGCAAAGAUGUGAUGGACAACACGACAACCCAAAAAUACUGGCUUGAUGUUCAACUGCGUUGGGGUGACUAUGAUUCUCACGAUAUUGAACGUUAUGCUCGUGCCAAGUUCCUUGAUUACACAACCGAUAACAUGUCGAUUUAUCCGUCGCCAACAGGAGUAUUGAUUGGAAUUGAUCUGGCUUACAACUUGUAUAGUGCCUAUGGAAAUUGGUUCCCUGGAAUGAAGCCGCUUAUUCGACAAGCGAUGGCUAAGAUAAUCAAAGCGAAUCCAGCCUUCUAUGUACUCCGAGAGCGCAUUCGUAAAGGUCUCCAAUUGUACAGUUCCGAGCCGACCGAGCCAUACUUGACCAGUCAGAACUAUGGAGAGCUUUUCAGUAAUCAAAUCAUCUGGUUCGUCGACGAUACGAAUGUGUACCGUGUAACCAUUCACAAGACGUUCGAAGGAAACUUGACGACAAAACCAAUCAACGGAGCAAUCUUCAUUUUCAAUCCGAGAACUGGACAGUUGUUCUUGAAGAUCAUUCAUACAUCGGUAUGGGCUGGACAGAAACGGUUGUCGCAAUUGGCGAAGUGGAAGACUGCUGAAGAAGUGGCUGCUUUGAUUCGCUCGUUACCUGUUGAAGAACAACCUCGCCAAAUUAUCGUGACAAGAAAGGCGAUGCUUGAUCCUCUUGAAGUGCAUUUGCUUGACUUCCCGAAUAUUGUCAUCAAGGGUUCGGAAUUGAUGCUACCGUUCCAGGCCAUCAUGAAAGUUGAAAAGUUUGGAGACUUGAUUCUCAAAGCUACUGAACCACAAAUGGUGUUGUUCAAUUUGUAUGACGACUGGUUGAAGACGAUAUCUUCCUAUACCGCGUUCUCAAGGGUUGUGCUCAUCAUGAGAGGAAUGCACAUUAAUCCGGACAAGACGAAAGUUAUUUUGAAGCCUGAUAAGACAACGAUUACGGAACCGCAUCAUAUCUGGCCAACGUUGAGUGACGAUGAUUGGAUCAAAGUUGAAUUGGCACUUAAAGAUAUGAUUCUUGCUGACUACGGAAAGAAAAACAAUGUUAAUGUGGCCUCGCUGACACAAUCGGAAGUUCGUGAUAUCAUUUUGGGAAUGGAAAUCUCGGCGCCGAGCCAGCAACGUCAACAAAUCGCGGAUAUUGAAAAACAGACGAAAGAACAAAGCCAGGUGACAGCGACAACAACUCGCACUGUGAACAAGCACGGAGAUGAAAUCAUCACGGCAACUACUUCGAACUAUGAGACAGCAUCGUUUGCAAGUCGGACUGAAUGGCGAGUACGCGCGAUCUCGUCAACCAAUUUGCAUCUGAGAACGCAACACAUCUAUGUUGAUUCGAAUGAUGUUAAAGACACCGGAUACACUUAUAUUUUACCAAAGAAUGUCCUUAAAAAGUUCAUUACUAUUUCGGAUUUGAGGACACAGAUUGCUGGAUUCAUGUACGGAGUUUCGCCAUCGGAUAAUCCACAGGUUAAGGAGAUUCGCUGCAUUGUUCUUGUUCCACAGACAGGCAACCAUCAACAAGUCAAUCUUCCGAUCCAACUACCCGAUCACGAACUCUUGAGGGAUUUGGAGCCUCUUGGAUGGAUUCAUACGCAGCCGAACGAACUACCGCAGUUGUCGCCGCAAGAUGUGACUACGCAUGCGAAACUUUUGACGGAAAACGUUAGCUGGGAUGGAGAGAAAACAAUUAUGAUCACUAGCAGCUUCACCCCAGGAUCAGUUUCAUUGACAGCAUACAAAUUGACACCAUCCGGUUAUGAAUGGGGCAAAGCGAAUACAGACAAAGGAAAUAAUCCAAAGGGUUAUAUGCCAACUCAUUAUGAGAAAGUGCAAAUGUUGCUUUCGGAUCGAUUCCUCGGCUACUUCAUGGUUCCGGCCAAUGGAGUUUGGAAUUACAACUUCCAAGGACAAAGAUGGUCACCAGCUAUGAAAUAUGAUGUAUGCCUCGCCAACCCGAAGGAAUAUUACCAUGAAGAUCAUCGUCCAGUUCAUUUCCAUAACUUCAAGGCGUUCGAUGAUCCUUUGGGAAUCGCAGCUGCAGAUCGGGAAGAUGUGUUCGCGUAA